AUGAACAAGGUCGUUGAAGGUGAUGUGUACUUCCAGCAGCGUAGGGAUGCAGCUGGAAGGUUAGGUUUAUCACCUCUGCAAAAAUGUACAGCAGCGAUAAGAAUGUUAGGCUACGGCAUGGCUGCGGACGCCGUGGAUGAAUACGUUCGGAUCAGUGAGUCAACUGCUCGAGUUGCUCUUCAACGUUUUUGUACCGGGGUCAUUAAUCAGUUCGGAACCGAGUACAUGCGAAACCCUACAACUGCUGAAUUGGCCAGAAUUAUGCAUCAAAAUGAACUGCGUGGAUUUCCAGGCAUGAUAGGCAGCAUUGAUUGCAUGCAUUGGGAAUGGAAGAACUGUCCAACGGCAUGGAAAGCGCAGUACGCCGGUAGGAACAAGAAAGCAACGCUAAUACUGAAAGCCGUUGCAGAUCAGGAUUUAUGGAUAUGGCAUUCCUUCUUUGGGAUUCCUGGAUCUUGUAAUGACCUAAAUGUCUUAUACCGUUCCCCAGUGUUCGAUGAGGUUCUGCAUGGUCGAGCUCCUCCGGUAAAUUUUACCGUUAACGGCCAUGAAUACAACAUGGCAUAUUACUUAGCCGACGGUAUUUAUCCGAAGUGGGCAACUUUUGUUCAGGGUAUCACAACCCCUCAACUUCAAAAAGAUAAAUUGUUCGCUGACCACCAGGCUGCUGCUCGAAAGACGUUGAAAGAGCAUUCGGUGUUUUGCAAGCUCGAUUUGCAAUAA